AUGGGAAGGCUCAACUUCAACAACCCCACGCGCCGAGACACGACCGUGAUGCCCGCCAAGGGUUGGCUCGCCCUCGCCUUCCGCGUCGAUAACCCCGGCGCGUGGCUCUUCCACUGCCACAUUGCCUGGCACGCCGGCCAGGGUCUCAGCAUGCAGUUCCUCGAGACCGUCUCCGAGAUUCCCGGCACGGUCAACCUCGCUGAGCUCGAGCCUACCUGCAGCAUCUGGACCCAAUACUACGCCACCUCUCAGUGCAAGCAGUGGGAUUCCGGUCUCUAA